UCUGGAUCUUACCUUCCGCUAGCAAACUUUACCCUCUUGACUACUCUCAACCCUGAGCCUCUUCCAACCGAACUCAAUACAAAAUGCCUUACUGUGACCUUUGUAACGGUCUUACGAUCGAGGGCCUGUUCCCGCCAAACAUCUACCACCAUGCGAAGACCUUGGCAGCCUUGGAAGAGUCGGGUAAGACUUGCGAACUGUGUAAACUCCUCUAUCGUUGCAUCAGGCCCGCUGGAGAUUAUCGUACAGAGUACCAUCCCCGAUUUCUUAGUUCAUCUAAGGCCCCUCGGCUUGUAGGAUGGACAGAUGACAUGCUGCUUUCAUACGAUUUGGAGGCAUGCAGCGACACGGGCGCCAGUGAUGGUGCGAGCCAACUUCCCACGAAUGCUUGCUCUGUGGCAUCCAACGUUGUCAGCAUCAAGCUCCAAAUUCUUGAAGAAAGUGAAAUACAAAAGAAGGAAUCGUUCCUUCCCUCUCUGGAUGGGUUCACCCACAUCGGCAUUUGGACAGAGUCUCCACAUAUGCUCACAAGCCUGACGCUAUUCGUGCACGAAGGCGAUGAAUUAGGUUAUCGAGCAAGCCUGGAAGAGGGCCAGCACAGGUUCAUCUCUGGUCGCGUGCUCACUAGCCAUCACCCUUCCAAAGCGUACUUCGAUGUCGCCCGCCGCUGGUUCAAUCACUGCGUUUCCAGACACACAGAAUGCGGAGAUCACCUCAGCUUACAGAAUUCCACUGUACCAGACAGAGUCAUAGAUGUUGCACUCUACGGCGGUCAGCCACGUCUCAUAAAUUCGAUGGGCUUGAGGUCUCGUUACGCUACAUUGAGUCAUUGCUGGGGUGGUUUGCCAAUGUCGGAGUUGCCAAAGACGUUCCGCGAGGCCAUAGUGAUAUGCAGGGCCUUGAUGAUACCCUACCUAUGGAUUGACAGUAUAUGCAUCAUCCAGGACUCACCAACAGACUGGGAGAUACAGUCAAGCAAGAUGCAUUCAAUAUAUCACGACAGUGCAGUUACCUUAGCUGCUUUAGACGCAGCUAAUUCGAGUAAAGGACUUUUCAUCCCUAAGCUUCCAUUUGUAGAUGUAUUUCCUCUACACCAACAAUUUGGCAACGGCAAAGGUCAAGCAUACGUUGGACCACCCACUUGGACCAAGUUCAGCCAUAGCUCCGGACCGUAUAACGACCAUAUUGGAUGGGUGUAUGAAGCUUUGCAGGAUAUGUUUUCACAGACAUCUUAUAUUAGGAGAGGUGUUCUAGAAAGUCGAGCAUGGGCCAUGCAGGAGCUACGGCUAUCUCAACGUGUCCUGUACUUCUUUAAGGGCGAGAUGAUGUGGAGAUGUCCUGAAGCGAUUAUGCGUCAGAACGGAUCAUGGAAGGCCCCAAAUCGUAUGUUUCAACUGAGGUUUGCAUUGGAGAGACAUAGUAUGGGAUUCGAAUCAGUACGGAACUUGCUCGCGGAACGAGGCCACCCUCUCGUUCACCAUCGGAAUGACAAUGAUGAGAAUAGCGGAAGCGAGACACAUGAAAGCCGCGUCGUACAAGCUGGUACGAGUCCAAGAACUCUUGGGGCCAUUGAUAACAGCGUCGAGCGGAAUUCUAAUACAUUAGUCUUCGACCUAGUGCUGGAAGGAUCAAAUGGCUACGAUAUCCUGGAGACCUGGUAUCACCUAGUCAGAGACUAUAGUCAGUGUCAGUUGACAUUCCACGCCGACAAACUACCUGCGCUGUCCGGUAUAGCAUCCCGCAUUCAUGCCAUCACGCACGACCAGUAUCUUGCUGGCCACUGGCGCAUAAAUCUCGAAAAGACUUUGUUCUGGAAAGGUCAGGGCCGAGUCAAAGUAUACAGGGCUCCAUCGUGGAGCUGGGCGAGCUCAGAGGGUCACUUGGGCGACCUGUACGGCAUAGACGCACAGGAAGACCAGACGCUACCUCCUCUCGAAGUUCUGGACGCCUGCACGAAGAUCGAUGGCGGGAACCCUUUCGGGCGUGUAACGUCAGGCCGAAUUAUCAUCAAUGCCAGAACGAUUGAGGCAAUUUGGAAUCCAGAGCAACAAUGCUGGGACUCGCGCAGUAGGUCGUGCUCGGGCAAAAUACACACCGACUCGACACACCCACUUGGUAUCACCGAUUGUGACGGGAAUCCAAUCGGUUACUGGUCCUACGACGAUCGGCUCUACGGCGUACUGCCUGGUCUGCCUCUGGACAUGCACGCGACGCAAGCCGCCAUCGAAGCUAGAAUGUGUCCUGUCAUGCCCGACCUGAGGGUACCUUGCGGCACGCCAAAGGAGCCUGUGCAGCCCAGAUACGAUGACGCAGCUGGCGAGAUCGACCUGUUCUGGUCAAAGGCAGCUUAUCUGCCCGAAAACUUGCUGUUGGUGCAAGGACCGGGAAUCGCUUGUCAAAAUGAGGAAAAUGAUGUUGUAGAUUGUAGCGAUCAAGAGAUUGUUGUUGUGCUUGUACUUCAAAAAUCAAACACAGACCCUGACACGUUUCAACGUAUAGCCCUCAACCCUACAACCGCUCAACAGCCACCCGCACGCAGCCCGACCCACCACCAAAAGCACCAGUCCUCCGUGCCCACAACCACACAAGCCCACCACAACACGCCGUGUGCACGAACAACCCGCAUUGAACCCAAAGAUACCACGAGCGCUGAUGAUCUACGUGUGCUGUGGUGCACGUGUGGUGUCGAUUCUAGAGACCGGCACGACACCGAACCCGACACCGAGAGCGAAACCGAGGAGCACGAAACAGCGCGCGCGCAGACAGACAUCUCGGCGCAGUGCUGCUGGGUGGUCCCACUGGAGACAGUCACCGGAGAUAGUCGCCGGAGAGAUGCACCGGUGCCUUUGUUGUUCGCCGUUCGGCAGCGAGGAAUGAGGCUCUUGUGUCGUGGCGUGGGGCGAGACAAUGCGUGUCGAGUGGCUCUUUGGCGGUGUUCAGGGCGGGAGACUGGGGGGUGGGAUGGAGGGGUUGGGGCGCGGUGGUGCUUUGUAAGGGGGGAGACGGAAUGUCAACUGGGCGGGGAGGGGAGGAGGAGCGGAUGGUGAAGGGAGAAGUGGAGGUGUUGCAGUAGAAAGAGGCGUACAUGGAGCACCUGAUCAGAGAUACUUGUGGACGUGCAUAUUGUCUCUCUUUCGACUGUCAUGGAAGGUGAAGGGGGUGGGCAGACAUGGCCUCGAGAGGAAAAGAGUUGGAUGUGGAGUAAGAGAACGGGUUGAAUGUCUUGCGAGGGGAUGCUGUGGUAGAGGGAAUGUAGCGCGAAGGUGGAUUAGAGUAUCUCCAUACACACACGGCUGCGUAGUGUGGUACUUACCACGUCCAGUAAUAAUAUGACAGGCUAGGUGUAGGAUAUAGUAUGUGUAUGGGUCUUUGAGUUUAGACAGUGUUAGUAAACAUCUACGGGUGUUUCGACGAAACAUCUUGAAUGGAGAAGGGUGGAUCACGCAACCCUACCUUGCACGAUGU